GGAGAGAGCAGAGGAGGUGACUUUGGGAAGCGGCGCAGCCCGCUCGUCCGAGCCGGGGAGAAAGCGCGCGCGUGUGUCAUGUUACACAGACGGCAGCAGGAGCCCCCGUCCGACUUCCCGAUCAGUGGCGACUGACCUCUCUCUCUCUCAGGGGGGGGCCGUGUCCUGCUCCGAUAAGGAACCGGCGUUCUGACAAAACACCCGAGGGGGUGGGGGGAGAAGGGGGGAGAGGCAGGACAGCCCCCCAGCCAAGCUGCCGGAGAAGGCUCUUCCUAGAUCGCUCGCCCACCAGCCCUUCCUCGACGACACAGCUCAACUUUUUGGGAGCUUGAUUGGUUUCCUUUUCUGUUUUGAAAAACUUGGCUCCAGAUCCGCGUUUUGGUUUUUCCCCCCAAAGGAGACCGGCUUUCUGCUCUGCUCGAGAGGCCUUUGGGGAUCCCCGUGGACGGCCGCUCGUGUGGAUCGGUGCUGCUGCGAGGACGCGUUAUUGAUCCCCCUAUUUAUUUAUUUAUCUGUUUAUUUAUCGAUCGAUCUAUCUGUGGGGCCGCCUGUGCCGGCGGGCGAAGGCAUGGCGGAGGAGAAGGGCGCCGCCGGGGGCGCCUGGGAGAGGGGCUGCUUGUCGUCGCCGGCGCAGCCCAGGACGGGGCCCGGGGCCCGGUGGUGCUGCCAGGUGCCUCAGCGGCUGGCCUCGGGGCUGCCCGGCGUCUCCUGCCUUUCCCUGCUGCUGAGCCUGCUGCUCUACCUGCGGACGGCGGACCUGCAAGCGCGGGUGGCGCACUUGGAGGCGGACAGAGCCGCGCCGCUCCCGGCCUGGCUCUCGGCACCAGACCAAAUGGAGACGGCUAUUUUGGGACGAGUGGACCAACUGCUGGCUGAGAGAUUAAAGUUCAACUUACCAAGACAUCGGGAAACUAGAGACAUCCGCCAGCGAUGCAACUGCCCACCAGGCCCCCCUGGUCCCACUGGAAGACCUGGACUUCCGGGACUAAAGGGGCAACUUGGAGAGAAGGGAGCCCCAGGAGAAGCUGGAAUGUCUAUCAUUGGUCCCCGUGGUCCUCCGGGACAGCCUGGAACAAGAGGUUUUCCUGGGUUUCCAGGGCCAAUUGGUUUAGACGGGAAACCAGGGCAUCCUGGACUGAAGGGAGAAAUGGGUCCCCCUGGUCCCAAAGGGCAACCAGGUCCUCCUGGGCAUAAAGGAGAAAAGGGUCAAUGUGGAGAUUAUCCUCACAGGCUGUUGCCACUUCUCAAUUCAGUGCGGCUGGCUCCGCCCCCAGUCAUAAAGAAACGCACCUUCCAGGGAGAACAAGGACAGGCAGGGAUCCAAGGGCCCCCAGGGCCACCUGGGCCUCCGGGCCUUCCAGGAACUCCAGGGCAACCUGGCCCCAGUGGACCACCAGGGAGAGUAGGAGAACCGGGGAAGCCAGGCAAGGAUGGAAAGGGCUUGCAAGGACUUCCUGGACCAAGGGGAGAACCUGGAGUUCCAGGAUACCACGGAAGGAAGGGUGAGGUGGGUGAACCCGGCUUAGCUGGUACUUCGGGGGUCCCUGGACCUACUGGCCCAAAGGGUGAAAAGGGGGAACCUGGUAUGAAGGGGGAGAUGGGCAUGCCAGGGGUACCAGGGCUACCAGGAAAACAAGGAUUUCAGGGGGUUCCUGGAAUUGCGGUGACAGGGAUAAAGGGUGAACAAGGGAUCCCAGGAGCAAAGGGAGAACGUGGAAUUGCGGGGAAGACGGGGCCCCCAGGUUUCCCAGGGAAGAGGGGGCAGAGGGGUGAAAAAGGAGCUCUUGGUGAUCCAGGACCUCCUGGAAUCUUAGGACAAAAGGGAGAAAAAGGAGAUUCUGGAAAUGCACUUGGGGGAGGUAAAGGGGAACCUGGAUCGCCAGGAUUGCCUGGAUCUCCUGGACCAAAGGGUUCCAAAGGGGAACCAGGAAGGAAUGAAAUAGUGGAUUACAACGGCAGUAUCAAUAAAGCCUUACAGGAAAUACAAAACUUGGCCCUCGUGGGACCUCCUGGACUGCCAGGUGCUGCUGGACCACCUGGACAAAAGGGAGAAGUUGGCCUGCCAGGUCCUCCAGGACAUGAUGGGAAAAAGGGUCUUGAUGGUGCAACCGGGGAAAAAGGUGAUCAAGGGAUGCCAGGACCCCCAGGACUAACAGGUCCAAUUGGACUUCCAGGUUUAACAGGAGAGAAGGGAGAACCUGGAACAAAAGGAGAAACUGGGGAAUCAAUAACUGGGCCACCAGGGCCACAAGGGCCACCAGGAACAUCAGGUCCUCAUGGUCUUCCAGGACCUAAGGGAGAUGCAGGCAUUGAUGGAACAAAAGGCGACAAAGGUGCCCCUGGUGAAAAAGGAGACCGAGGUCCCCUGGGAUUGCCUGGUGCUUCAGGUUUAGACGGCAGGCCUGGCCCACCGGGCACUCCGGGACCAAUUGGAGUUCCAGGACCAGCAGGACCAAAAGGAGAGAGGGGCAGUAAAGGAGACCCUGGAAUUGCCGGAUCAAUGGGGCCAGCUGGACUUUCUGGAUUACCAGGCUCACCAGGGGAAAAAGGAAACCGGGGACUCCGAGGUUUUAAAGGCGAGAAGGGUGAACCGGGGUUACCAGGGCUGGACGGGCUGGAUGCCCCUUGCCCAUUGGGAGAGGAUGGUUUGCCAAUUCAGGGAUGCUGGAAUAAGUGAAGAUUUUAACCAUGGACUGUCCUGUGUGUAUGUGUGUUUGUACAUAGAAUAUUUAUUUUUAUACAGUGUCUUUGUCUGAAAGUGCCAAAAGAUAUGCAUUUUACAAUUUAUGAAAAGCUGUGUAUUUUUGUACAGAAAAUACUAAUUUUUGCCUUUUAUCUGAUUGUCAGUUGCUUGUAUAAUUGUAUGUAUAUUGAUACUAUGCUUCCUGCAUUGUGGAAUACAGCUGCAAUAUUUGCAUGAUAUUUGUGCAUUCAUAGUAAGUAUUACAGCAUAAUAAAUUAUUGCAUUUGAGGGUGCCAGAAGGAACCACCCUAUGUAAAUACAAAGAGCAAAACCAUUUGAUAGUGAAUGCAAGAACAAUUAAAAGUACUAUGAAGGUUCAUUAUUAAAAUUAAAUACCAAUUUUCUGUUUUAAAAUUGACAAAUUGAUUAGGAGAGUUAUCACAGGGUCUAUAAAUGUUUAAUUACCAGUAGAGGGCACAAAAUUUUAGUACCAAACAAACAGGGACAUGCAGAAGACCUGUCUUCUAGAAUUGGCUGAACUACUAGAUUAGGAUCUAUUUAAGUACCUGAAUGUAUAUCCUAGUAGGGAAAAUAGCAGCCAGAUUUUAAAAAUGGUGCCAAAGGAGCAUACCCCUAGGGUUGCCAACAGGUCUGGAGAAAAAUUUAUUUCAGUAGCGAUUGUGUGAUAGUGGACAACUGAAGGUUUUCAUGGCUUAGAGGUAAAUACCUAACAUUCAAUUAAGUAUGUAUUAAAAAGACAGAACACUUUUUCUCCUGGCAGCCCAACCUAUCCCCCGCACCACAGGCUCAGCCUCAGGGCCUCCACAUCAUGACCCUCAACAAAGCAUAACUAAAGAGUCCACUGGUGGAAACUGUAGGUUUAUGAUGCAUACCUGGACCAAAAUACUUCUAAAUAGCAGAAAAUGGAAUCGUCAAACAUUAAUGCCUGGCUUUUUAUCUCUCUUCUGUUGAGCUAUACAGGACAGUUUAUUUCGCUGCACGGACAACUUCUUCCAAUGCACUGUUGCCCUCUAAAUAUUUAAUUCAAAACGGUAUCAAAUGGUCUUGCUAGUGAAAAAGUUUGUUUGGCAUGUCACUUCUAGCUCUCACAAGUCAUACAGCUCUUCAAUUACUUGACCUAAUUAUGUUUUCUUAAUUUUAAUGCUAAUUAGCUCUUGUCCUCGCUGUAAUGGACAAAAUGAACACUUUCUUUCCUUUCCUCUGAUACCUGAAGUGGUUACCAUAACCUGAGUUUUAUAAUGGAAAAAAAUUACUAGGAUAUGUUGAUCAUCAGUGUGAGAAAAGGGAAAGACAACUGUGUGCCCUGUCCACUGAAGAUAGGGAAAAAACAAGACUCAAGAAUUAUUUGCAGGCAAAUUAUUAGCUCAUAGUUCUGAAAUAUAUCAUUCAGAUAAUAAAACAUCUACUAUCCCUUACCUAACAAUCCAUGUUUUCUCAGUAAAUCUCUGGUCACAGCUUUCAAAAUCAAAAUUGGCAAUGAAUGGGAAGAAUUAUAGAUGCCAUGAUGUGCUCUAAAUGGGUAGCUCUUACAGCAACACCCAAAACUCCCUCAAAUUUAGAUGCAGCCACAUUAAAAUGAAUGGGUGUUUUGCUGCCAUCAUAUUCAGAACAGGGAUGGUGAAUUUGCAAAAACAGCUAACUCAGGAGUGCUUCAAUUGGCCAAUGACGUAUAGACAGAAGACAGAGUACUUGCUGCUGCUGUUAAUUAAGAAUAUUAACGACGUUUAGAAUAGAUAGAUGGGGUCAUGUGUAAAUAUAUACUACUAUCAUAAAGGUGAAUUUAGAUUGUUGAGAUUUUGCAUAAACUGAAGCAAAUAUGAGCAGCGCUUUAGUAGUCUUCUGAAAGGGCAUUUCUAUAUGAAAUCAUUUAUCUGUCACUUAAAGGGUCAAACACCUUGGCUGAUAGCCAAAAAAUGAAGCAAGUAAGAGGGUGGAGAUUCUUGUGGAAGGCCUACAGUGGUGACAGAAGAACACCGUGCCUGAAGGUUUGCUGAAGAUAUUGAGUUAUCUCCGAGGGGCACAGAAAUAUUCUUGAGUCAUGAACGCCAGAGUUUUGCUCCUGAAUAGUGGACCCGGUGCGGCUGCAGGAGAUGGACAUGCCAGUGUUUUUUGCUCUCCUCUUCCAGAGGCCAGAGCCACUGCUAAUGGUGAAAGGAGACUGGCUUCUGUUUCAUUCUUCCAUUUUCAUUCAUUCUGUUAUAAUGAUAGAAGCCUUCACAUGAAGAUCUUGGCAUGUUGUCCAUCAGCUAAUGUGAAGAGCAUUAAGACAUAGACAAGAGUUCUAUGCUUGGUUUUUGUAAGGUGAGAUUUUCUCAGCCUUCUAAGAGAGACUUUUAUAUUUGUUUUGAAAAACAGCUCCAUGAAGAGACAUCAGUGUUUUUACCUUCUUUCCUGGUUACCAGAUGAUGAACAUUAACUAAUUCACAUUUGAUGAUUCCAUCGUUAACCCUUCCAUAACUUCAGGAGCUUUUGUUGAUUUUUCUGGGGAAAGGUUGUCUUUUUGUGUAACAGAAAAUAAUUUUCAGUUUGCCAAAUGUUUGAUUUUAUAGGACAGCUUCUUUUGCAUAGUUUUAAUUUUAUUUGUUUCAUAUUUCCUUUUUUAUACUACAAGAACACCCCAUGUUAUGUGUGUCCUAAAAUAUUUUGCUGUCUGAUAAACUCUUGAAUAACUAAGCCGGUCUUUACCCCCCCCCCCCCUUCCCUUCAAUGGAACAAUCCCAGUGCUUAGCUUACAAAUAAGGUGCUGCUUUAAUUGCUAGGGAAACAUGUGUAAGUUGGUUUCUUCCAUUCAUCCGUUAUUCAUUAUUUUGAUGACAAAACUAAUUUUCGUUAAUAGUUUUGUGAUACCAUCUGAAUUCUUUAAAACAUCUAAAAUGAACUAGUGUAGUUCAAGUAACUUGCUAUAGUUUGUCAACUAACUCUAAAACUUCUAUUAAUGCCCCUAUUUCCUGUAAUUCUUAUAUAUUACCUCUAAAAAUUAUUUAGGCAUAGGCAUUCUGCAGUGUCUUUUGCUGGAGAGACAGGUGCCAGAGAUUCUUUCCGUUUCGCCGCAUGUUCCUUUACCUCUUCGCCAUUUUCUGGCCUAAGAUCUUCUAUAGCAGAGAAACUCCAGUCUAGUAAGUCUGCACAUGCAAUGAAUAUAUGGUGCUACUACUUAGAUAAGGACUUCCCCAUUUCCUUCAGUAGAAAAAACAACUCUGUGAGUAUCUAUUCUUGCACAUACAGAGCUGCCUCAGGAAACCAUAUGCAUUGAGAUUACAGAAAAUUAACAUUUAAAAUAAAUGCAUACAUUUGUUAUGUGGAAAGAUUCUUUAAAAGUUCUUUGUGUACAACAAAGCUCUGAUGUGAAAGUUUAAACUGGAAAUAAAGCCUGCUGAAUACAGUGGAAUUUAUUUCCAUAUAUGGUGGCCUAGAUCAGAUAACGUAAUGUGUAAGAGAUUUAACCACUAUGUUUUUCAGUCAUUGAAAAUUAUCAAGUGCCUCUGAACAUUUUUUAAAAAAAUUAUUAAAACAGAAAAGUAUAAUCACUUUAAAA